GCCCAAGUGAGCGGCACAGUCGAGUGCUGGGCGGCAACAUGGCGGACGUCCUGGAUCUUCACGAGGCCGGGGGCGAAGAUUUCGCCAUGGAUGAGGAUGGGGACGAGAGCAUCCACAAACUGAAAGAAAAAGCGAAGAAGCGGAAGGGCCGCGGCUUUGGCUCAGAAGAGGGGUCACGGGCACGGAUGCGAGAGGAUUAUGACAGUGUGGAGCAAGAUGGGGACGAACCCGGACCACAACGCUCUGUUGAAGGUUGGAUUCUCUUUGUUACUGGAGUCCAUGAGGAGGCCACUGAGGAAGACAUUCAUGACAAAUUCGCAGAAUAUGGGGAAAUAAAAAAUAUCCACCUCAACCUGGACAGACGUACAGGAUACUUAAAGGGGUAUACUCUAGUUGAGUAUGAAACGUACAAGGAGGCCCAGGCUGCAAUGGAGGGACUCAAUGGCCAGGAUCUGAUGGGACAGCCAAUCAGUGUGGACUGGUGUUUUGUGCGAGGUCCACCCAAGGGCAAGAGGAGAGGUGGCCGAAGACGCAGCAGGAGUCCAGAUCGGAGGCGACGCUGAAAGGUCGGGCUGAAGACGCAGCUGGUGUCUGCAAGGUUCCAUUUGGCCGUUCAGCCUCGGUUAAAUAGGACCUAGUUGGAUCUCACUCUUUGUAUUUAAUGUCUUACCCUAUCAGUUAGUGUUUGAGUUAUGAAUAAAUUUGUUUUUGCUUUUGUUUUCUA